UCUUUCUUUUUUAUCCCUAGCAAUGUCUCAGGCUGUGCAGACAAAUGGAACUCAACCAUUAAGCAAAACAUGGGAACUCAGUUUAUAUGAAUUACAACGAACACCUCAGGAGGCAAUAACGGAUGGCUUGGAAAUUGUGGUUUCACCUCGAAGUCUACACAGUGAAUUAAUGUGCCCAAUUUGUUUGGAUAUGUUGAAGAACACCAUGACUACAAAGGAGUGUUUGCACCGUUUUUGUGCAGACUGCAUUAUCACAGCCCUCAGAAGUGGCAAUAAAGAAUGUCCUACAUGUCGGAAAAAGCUAGUUUCCAAAAGAUCACUAAGGCCAGACCCGAACUUUGAUGCACUCAUCAGCAAAAUUUAUCCAAGUCGUGAUGAGUACGAAGCUCAUCAAGAGAGAGUAUUAGCCAGAAUUAAUAAGCACAAUAAUCAGCAAGCACUCAGUCACAGCAUUGAGGAAGGACUGAAGAUACAGGCCAUGAACAGACUACAGCGCGGCAAGAAACAACAGAUUGAAAAUGGCAGUGGAGCAGAAGACAAUGGUGACAGUUCCCACUGUAGUAAUGCAUCCACACACAGCAAUCAGGAAGCAGGGCCUAGUAACAAACGGACCAAAACAUCAGAUGAUUCUGGGCUUGAGCUUGAUAACAAUAAUGCAACAGUGGCAAUUGAUCCAGUAAUGGAUGGUGCUAGUGAAAUUGAGUUAGUGUUCAGGCCUCAUCCCACACUGAUGGAAAAAGAUGACAGUGCACAGACAAGAUACAUAAAGACUUCUGGUAAUGCCACUGUUGAUCACUUAUCCAAGUAUCUGGCUGUGAGGUUAGCUUUAGAAGAACUUCGAAGCAAAGGAGAAUCAAACCAGAUGAACCUUGAUACAGCCAGUGAGAAGCAGUAUACCAUUUACAUAGCAACAGCCAGUGGGCAGUUCACUGUAUUAAAUGGCUCUUUUUCUUUGGAAUUGGUCAGUGAGAAAUACUGGAAAGUGAACAAACCCAUGGAACUUUAUUAUGCACCCACAAAGGAGCACAAAUGAGCUUUUACUAAAACCAAUCUGGAUAUUGAACUUUUUUUAUAGCCUAUUUCUUUAUUAUUAAAGAUGUAUCAUCAUUACUUUUAUGGACAGUA